GCCAAAUUAGCGGAAUCUACCGCUACUUCUCCUCAUUGCGCAGAGAUGGCACACCACAAUUGUCCACCACGUUGACAGUUUUAUAACCAAAAAGUUCCGAGGUGUUGUUUGUUAAUCAACCGGUCGCAGCAAUGACUGUCACGACCGGGAUUUCCUUCGUCUUAGCUUCAAUUAGUUCGGUGCUAGUCUUUUCCGGAAUGCAGAUGUAUAAGCCUUGGCUUAGCUCGUCUCAGGUUCACACGCUUCUAGGGGGCUAUCUGGGCUCGAUUUUCUUCGUCUUGUCGCUCACAGCUGUGGGGAAUUUAGAGACUUGCGUUUUCGGGCGCUCUUUCCAGGUUAAGGUGUUCCCCGAAGUCCUGUUUUGUCUAUUUCUGGCCUUGUUUACUUCCGCUACAGUACACAGAGUGUCUGCGACCUCAUGUUUAUUAAUCUCGCUCUGUGCCCUGUUUUACAUGAACAAGCACUCACAGAAAGUGCACGCCAUGCCGGCCCCCUCGAUCCCUGUCCAGACAGGCAAAAAGAAGAAGAACGCGUCGUAAAAUCAAUCGUUUUGUAUUAUUAUUUUUCAAUAAAACGCUAAUUAAAAAACAA